GCCCCCCCUCCUCCCCCUUUUUACCCGGCAGCUCGGCGACUCUGGCUAGCCCCGCCGGAUUAUGUCUGCACUCCGAAGGAAAUUUGGGGACGAUUACCAGGUAGUGACCACCUCGUCCAGCGGCUCGGGCUUCCACCAGCAGCAGCAGCAGGCGUCCAGCCACAAGAAAAAGCGCCAGCGGUUCGUGGACAAGAAUGGCAGGUGCAACGUGCAGCACGGCAACCUGGGCAGCGAGACCAGCCGCUACCUGUCGGACCUGUUCACCACCUUGGUGGAUCUCAAGUGGCGCUGGAACCUCUUCAUCUUCAUCCUCACCUACACGGUGGCGUGGCUCUUCAUGGCCUCCAUGUGGUGGGUCAUUGCCUACAUGCGGGGUGACCUGAACAGAUCCCACGACGACGAGUACACGCCCUGCGUGGCCAAUGUCUACAACUUCCCCUCGGCCUUCCUGUUCUUCAUAGAGACAGAGGCCACCAUUGGUUACGGCUACCGAUACAUUACGGACAAGUGCCCGGAGGGCAUCAUCCUUUUCUUGUUCCAGUCCAUCCUGGGUUCCAUCGUGGAUGCUUUCCUCAUUGGCUGUAUGUUCAUCAAGAUGUCGCAACCGAAGAAACGGGCGGAGACGCUGAUGUUCAGUGAACAUGCGGUCAUCUCCAUGAGGGACGGCAAACUCACGCUCAUGUUCCGGGUGGGCAACCUCCGCAACAGCCACAUGGUCUCUGCGCAGAUCCGCUGCAAACUCCUCAAAUCUCGCCAAACACCUGAGGGCGAAUUCCUUCCUCUCGAUCAACUUGAACUGGAUGUAGGCUUUAGUACUGGAGCAGACCAACUUUUCCUUGUUUCGCCACUUACGAUUUGCCAUGUGAUCGAUUCCAAAAGUCCCUUUUAUGACCUUUCUCAGCGAAGCAUGCAGACUGAACAGUUUGAGAUAGUUGUCAUCCUAGAGGGCAUCGUGGAAACAACUGGGAUGACUUGUCAAGCCCGAACGUCAUACACAGAAGAUGAAGUUCUCUGGGGACAUCGAUUCUAUCCAGUUAUUUCCUUAGAGGAAGGAUUCUUCAAGGUAGACUAUUCCCAGUUCCAUGCAACAUUUGAAGUCCCUACUCCACCUUAUAGUGUGAAAGAACAGGAAGAAAUGCUUCUUAUGUCCUCCCCUUUAAUAGCACCAGCUGUAAGUAGCACUAAAGAAAGGAAUAAUUCUGUGGAAUGUCUAGAUGGCCUAGAGGACAUUGGUACAAAGAUACCAUCAAAACUGCAAAAAAUGACCGGAAGGGAAGACUUUCCUAAAAAACUAUUGAGGAUGAGUUCUACUACUUCAGAAAAGGCCUACAGUAUGGGGGACCUACCUAUGAAGCUUCAGCGAAUAAGUUCUGUUCCUGGCAACUCAGAAGAGAAACUGGUAUCUAAAACCACAAAAAUGUUAUCAGAUCCCAUGAGCCAAUCUAUGGCGGACUUGCCACCAAAACUUCAAAAACUAUCCGGAGGUAGAAUGGAGGGGAACCUCCCUCCCAAACUGCGGAAAAUGAAUUCUGAUCGAUUUACAUAACAUGAAGAGACCUUUAGAUAUUAUUUCAUGUUUGAAUUGCCAUCAAUCCAGUUUAAGCAGGAAAAUAGUACACCGGAAACUGUUUUAGAUGACCAGUUUUCCUUAGAACUACAUGCAGUCGGUGACAGUUCUCUCCCCUGAGGUCGAAAGACUGUUGAAUUCAAUGAUAAAAGAUCUAAAGUUCAGCUUGGGGCCAUAUGAAAGCUAAUAUUAAUCGGCAUGUAGUAUCACAACAAGCAUGCAAUAAUAGUACGCAAAUUUUGCAUAUAGUUUUAUGGCAUGGUUCUUACUAUAUUUAUACUGUAUAUUCUUGGGGGGAAAAACAUGUAAAUGAGGUGUUACUCUCUUAUAUUUCUUAAACAUUAAAUAAUAGAUAAACAUAACAGUGGGUCGCAAACAGGGCAGGCUACGAAUUGGUUUUUUUAAUGGGCACAAUCCAGCCAAAGUUAAACACUGUGAACUCAAUUUAUUUGUCUGCCAUAUCCUCCUCAUUCUCCACAAGUUGCAGGGUAUUCUUCUGCCACUGACCCUGUUUCCCGUCCACUGGAAGCCUUCCUGUAACUGGAGGAGAAUUACACGGGAGGACAUAAUUAAUAAAUUGGAUCUGUGUCUUUUAAAAGAUUUAAGCAAACGCUGAAAUCUUUUCCUUUUCAGUCAGUGAAACUUCAGAGUGUUUUGCUUUGGCUGAAUCAUGCCCAAUAAUAAUAAUAAUAAUAAAGACUUCUGAUCUAAAUUGUGAUGUUUUGUUUCUACUGCAUGUUUUCUUCGUUAAAUAAGGCUAAAGCUAUUAUACAUUCUGAACACCAAAACUUUUAACCUUAAAUACCUUACUUUUUAAAUAAAUUUUCCCACCUUUUUGGCUAGAA